GCUCCCGCUGGCGGGUUCCGAGGGAGCGGUUGGGGGCAGGCCGAGUCCGCGUGCUGGCAGAAUGUCUCUGGCUGCUUAUUGUGUCAUCUGUUGGAGAAGAAUAGGAACCUCUACUCCCCCACCAAAAAGUUUCACAUACUGGAGAGAGAUCCGAAAUAUAAUAAAAUUUACUGGAUCACUUAUUUUAGGAGGUUCUUUAUUUUUUACAUACGAAGUUCUGGCCCUGAAGAAGUCUUUGACAUUAGAUACUCAAGUGGUAGAAAGAGAAAAAAUGAAGUCAUACAUAUAUUUGCACCCAGUUCCUUUAGACAAAAGAGAAAAUCAUGGGAUUGCCUGGCUGGCAAGAAAAGAACUUCACAAAGCAGUAAGAAAAAUAUUAGCAGCAUCAGCCAAGAUAUUACAGAGUCCAUUUGCUGACACUUUUAGCACGGUUGAUAUAGAAGAUCAUGAGUGUGCUAUGUGGCUGCUCUUGAAGAAGAGCAAAGCGGAUGAGAGGACCGCCCGACUGGAGGCCGUGCAGGAGAUGUCAGAGACCCACCACUGGCAUGAUUAUCAGUAUAGAAUAAUCGCUCAGGCCUGUGAUGCUAGGACUCUUAUUGGUUUGGCACGAAGUAAAGAGAGUGAUCUUCGCUUUUUUCUCCCACCGCCUCCUUUGCCAUCUUUAAAAGAAGAUUCUUCCAUUGAAGAAGAACUCAGACAGUUGCUGGCUUCUUUACCUCAAACAGAAGUAGAUGAGUGUAUCCAGUAUUUUACAUCCUUGGCCCUUAGUGAAAGCAGCCAAAGUCUGGCUGCUCAGAAGGGUGGUUUAUGGUGUUUUGGAGGAAAUGGACUUCCUUAUGCUGAAAGUUUUGGAGAAGUUCCUUCAGCUACAGUGGAAACGUUCUGUUUAGAAGCUAUAGUAAAACAUUCAGAGAUACCCACACAUUGUGAUAAAAUCGAAGCCAGUGGAGGCUUGCAGCUGCUUCAGAGGCUGUACCAACUUCACAGGGACUGCCCAAAAGUGCAGAGAAAUAUAAUGCGGAUCAUUGGAAACAUGGCUUUGAAUGAGCAUCUUUUUUCUACUAUUGUCCACUCAGGCUGGGUUUCCAUAAUGGCAGAAGCCUUGAAAUCUCCCCACAUUAUGGAAUCCUCACAUGCUGCCAGAACUCUGGCUAACCUAGACAGAGAAACUGUACAAGAGAGAUACCAGGAUGGCGUGUACGUGCUCCAUCCCCAGUACCGGACGAGUCAGCCCAUUAAAGCUGAUGUCCUUUUUAUUCAUGGCCUUAUGGGAGCAGCAUUCAAGACCUGGCGCCAGCAGGACAGUGAACGGAUUCUGAUUGAAAAGACUUUGGAAGAUGAAGACAGGUACACCACAUGCUGGCCCAAGACGUGGUUGGCAAGAGACUGUCCUGCUCUGCGAAUUAUAUCUGUGGAGUAUGACACCACCCUUAGUGACUGGAGAGCUGGGUGCCCUGCAGAAAGAAAGACCAUUGCAUUCAGAAGCAACGAACUCCUUUCGAAGCUCAGAGCUGCUGGUGUUGGGGAUAGGCCAAUGAUUUGGAUUUCACAUAGCAUGGGAGGCCUUCUUGUCAAAAAGAUGCUGUUGGAAGCCUCUCAGAAGCCAGAGAUGAGUCCUGUUAUAAGCAAUACCAGAGGAAUAAUUUUUUACAGUGUUCCUCAUCAUGGAUCACAUUUGGCUGAAUAUUCUGUUAAUAUUCGCUAUCUUCUCUUUCCCUCUUUGGAAGUCAAAGAACUCAGCAAGGAUUCUCCUGCACUUAAAACACUACAGGAUGACUUUCUGGAGUUUGCUAAAGACAAAAGCUUCCAGGUGCUAAGUUUUGUAGAAACACAACCAACCUAUAUUGGUAGCAUGAUUAAACUCCAUGUGGUACCCGUGGAAUCAGCAGAUUUAGGCAUUGGAGAGCUAAUUCCUGUGGAUGUUAACCAUUUGAACAUUUGUAAGCCAAAGAAAAAGGAAGCCUUUUUGUACCAACGCACUUUGCAGUUCAUCCGCGAAACUUUAGCCAAAGACCUUGAAAAGUAACAACUGUCGUGCUCUAUUUUUUUUUUGUGAACACAGUUCAAGAAAGCUGCUGUUCUUUUUAAGCAAUCAUGCAGACAUUGUCAUGAUGGCACCAGCAUGGUCUGGAGUGUGGUGCAGACAUCAGAAUGCAGCUGUCCACUCAAGCACUGGAAGACUCUACACAGAAGUAGCACUCACAGGAGCAGCAGCAAGGUUGGGAUCCUCUGACUUAAAGCCCUCUUGUGCCACUUUGUGGGUCACAGUGCUGGGCCUAGUGACUGGGAGUAACACUGCUGUGGCUGGAGAGGGCUGUUUCAUCUGUGACUGUCCUGGCUCACCUAGGAGCCCUGGCAGGUUCUGAAGGAAGAUCUGUGGAUAGCUCAGCUUACCAUACAAAUGCUAUGAGGGGAGUACCUAAAGUGGAGAGAAGAAUGAAGUAGAACAUGACGCUUUGUUCUGGAUAUCUGUGCUAUAAAUUUUUUAAAAUGUCAGUUUUGGAAACUUUUAGUUUUUAACUUCCAGUUCAAUCUUGUCUAACAUCAUGGUGUUAACUUCACUAGGCCUCUUAUCAGUUCCUUGUUUCCAUUUUCAUAUUGCUGAGAAAAAGCCCUUUAUAAUAAAAACUCUAGCUCAUAGUAAUUCUUCCCAGGCUGUAGCAACCUAUGCUUGUAAUGUGUCCCAGGUAAGGAUAAAGGGGCUAAUCCAUUACUGAUCACAGAUAAACUAUUCUAAGCCAUUAUAUAAAUAGCUCACGGUGUCAAGAUUCUCAGAUGCUCUUUGGCUAAAUAAAGUAUACCUUUCAUGUUCA